CAAUAUAUGAUAUUUCUGUGCAUUUCUCUGGAUUUUUUCAACUCGACUCAAUGUUUUUUAACAUUUCCUGACAACAUAUAAAAAAUCACAGACAUGAGACUUAAAAUAAAAUUACUAAACAUCUGCAUCCGUCAUAAAUGCUCAGACUCAAUCAAUGAUUCCGUUAAAAAAUUAAAUAACGUCACCAAACGUACCAUAAGAAUUAAAAAAUGUGCCAAGCCGAUCAAUACGCCUCUAACCUCAACGACCACCAGCUCCAAAGAAUCAGCGGCAAAAAAUAAUUAUUCAAUUGACAAUGACAGGAAACGUCAUCCAGCAAAUAAAUUUUCUGGUAAAAAAUUAAUUAAUGAUCAAUUUUAUCAUGAGAAUUUAAACGACCAAAGUCUUUAUGAUGAUCACAUAAUUGAUAAUCAUCAAUCAAAAAAUAAAAACAAUGAGAAUUUAAUUGAUAAUUCAAAAUUAUCAGACUCUGAGAUCACAGAAAAUAAUAAUGAGGAAUUUCGUUUUAAUGAAUUGAAUAUGCAAAUGUUAUCAAAAAAUUUGCACAGCCAAAUAUUUAAAAAUACCGCCAAAAAUAUAAAACUAUCAAGCGAAAAAUUAAAAACACUGAGAGAACAAUUACAAGCAUUUGGUAUGAAAAUAAAUGAAAGUUCAAAAAUUCCCGCCGCUGAAAUAGAUCUGCCGCCUCUGGAAGGUGACAAUUUGGAGGAACAUUUUCACAAUAUCGCCGCAGCUCAAGCCAGACCUUAUUUCAAAAUCCUCGAGGAGAUGGUCAAGACAAUUCCUGAGAUGCCCAGUAGCUGGAAGCUGCAGGAAGGAUGGACCAGGUACACGAGGGACAAAAUCGAGCGGGUGGAUUACCCACUAGAAGAGGGAAUUAUUUUUGACGUCGAGGUCUGUAUGAAGGAAGGACCACUGCCGACACUCGCCACUGCGGUAACUGCUGAUGCCUGGUACGCCUGGGUAUCAAAGUCGCUGGUCGAUGGCUCGAGUAUUCCCGUAGAAAGCAGAUCCUUCACGCUGGACAUGCUGAUACCCAUUGAAAGCACUGCUCUGGAGUUUGGUAAGAAGCUGAAUGAGCAUCAGAAAAGACCAAAAAUAAUAGUAGGCCACAAUGUCUGCUAUGACAGAGCGAGGAUCAAAGAGCAGUACUGGUUGAACUCCACUGGGACGCGUUUUGUUGAUACCAUGUCGCUGCACGUUGCGGUCAGUGGUAUGAACAGUUAUCAGAGGACGCUGAUGAUGAGUAAAAAAGACCCGUUGGAUCAUGAGGAGUGGCUGAAUGUGACUUCGUUGAAUAAUCUGGCAGAUGUGUACAAACUUUACUGCGAUAAGAGUCAUGAGAAAUCAAUGAGGGAUUUGUUUGUUGAGGGCACGCUGCUAGAUGUGCGCGGAGAGUUUGAUAAGCUUAUGAAUUACUGUGCCAAGGAUGUAGUUGUGACGCACGAGAUACUGCAAAAACUAUUUCCAUUGUUCAAAGAAAGGUUUCCGCAUCCUGUUACGUUCGCGGGGAUGCUGGAGCUGGGGAUGGCCUACUUGCCGGUCAAUACAAAUUGGCAGCGUUAUAUUGAGGAGUCGGAGGCGACUUUUGAUGAUCUAAAUUAUGAAGCCAAGGUCAGUUUGGCCAAGCGGGCUGAUGAAGUUUGUAAGCUGAUGCAUGAUGACAAGUACAAGGAGGAUCUGUGGAUGUGGGACCAGGACUGGAGCACGCAGACUAUCAAAGUGAAGAGCAAAGCGACGAAAAAAGUCACGGUUGAAGAUAAAGUCGAGGAGGAGUCGGACUACAAAAAAUAUUUAACUGAUGGAGAGGACGAGGUCGAUGAGCUGGAACAAGAGUUCGGAUAUUUAGAUGACACCAAGAAGCUGCUUCCAGUCAAAAUGCCGCAGAUGCCGGGGUAUCCCGCUUGGUACCGCAAGCUCUGCCUAAAGGAGAGUGAAGAGAACUGGGCUCCAGGUCCGCAGAAUAUCAGCACGUCGAUGAAGGUCACUCCAAAGCUGCUAAAUCUCACGUGGGAAAACUACCCGCUGCAUCAUAUAAAAGAACACGGAUGGGGAUUUUUGGUUCCUUUCAACAACGACCCAGAUGUCGUCACUCAGUUACCGCUGAAGCAGCUACUAGAGCAGUGUCCGCUGCCACGUAAGGACGUUACUAAUUCAGACACCAGCUACGCGAUGGCUACUUUGAGGACCGAUGUCCAGAACGAGUUGCACAGAAUGGAAUUUUGGCGCGGUCGUAAAAAUAAAACCAAGUCAUCGAAAAAUUCAACCCCGGAUAUAUUUUAUAAAGGCACUGGUAUUUGGUGUGAUGUGAUUAUUGAUAACUGCUGCUGGUUUUUUAAACUUCCGCACAAAGACGGACCCAAGCUCAAUGUCGGCAACCCUUUGGCCAAGGACUUUCUGAAUAAAUUUUCCGAGAACGUUCUCGCUGGCUUAGACUCUAGUGCAACUGAGGUGUUAAAAAUAGCCAAGAUGGUUUCAUACUGGAGAAACAAUCGUGAUAGAAUAAUGUCACAGUUAGUUAUAUGGUUGAACAACGACGAUUUACCUUCAGCAGUUCGUCGAGGCAGUAACAGUACAAGUAGUAGUAGUGCUUCUGCUUCUAUUAAUAUUGCCCGACAAAGUUAUGGAGCCAUUAUACCACAAGUUGUGGUGAGCGGAACUUUGACUAGAAGAGCAACAGAAGCCACAUGGAUGACAGCUUCAAAUGCGCAGGUUGACCGAGUUGGCUCGGAGCUGCGUUCAAUGGUACAAGCACCGCCUGGCUAUAAUAUUGUCGGAGCCGACGUUGAUAGCCAAGAACUUUGGAUAGCUUCGCUGAUCGGUGACGCUUAUUGUGCCGGCACUCAUGGCGCAACACCUUUCGGCUGGAUGACACUCAUCGGCAAUAAAUCAAACGGCACUGACAUGCACAGCGUCACUGCCAAAGCUGUCGGUAUAUCGCGUGACCACGCGAAAGUUAUUAACUACGCAAGAAUUUACGGUGCAGGGCAGAAGUUUGCCGAGAGACUUCUCAAGCAAUUUAACCCCGCGAUGACCGACGCAGAGGCCCUGGCUAAGUCGCGUAAAAUGUUCGAUAUCACCAAGGGCAAGAAGGUUUUCAGGCUCAAGAGAGAGUUCAUCAGCGAGGACUUGAGAGAUUUGCAGUACACCAGCUACGAUGCCUACAGACUUUGUAAAUUAUUUGGAAAGUCUUUGGCGGAAAUGUUUGACGGGGGCAAGUGGUGCGGAGGCUCAGAGUCGGCGAUGUUCAAUAGACUUGAAGAAAUAGCCGGAAGCAAGCAUCCGGUGACGCCGUUUCUGAACUCGCGUUUGAGUCGCGCGCUCGAGGUCGACGAUGACUUGAAAGACAAAUAUCUGCCAACAAAAAUAAACUGGGUCGUUCAGAGCGGAGCUGUUGACUUUUUGCAUCUGAUGCUGGUGUGCAUGCGCUGGCUGAUGAGAGACAAUGCCAGGUUUUGUUUGUCUUUCCACGACGAAAUUCGUUACUUGGUACCGGGAAGGUUUAAAUACAACGCCGCGUUGGCGAUGCACGUCACCAAUCUGCUGACAAGAUCAUUCUGCGCUGCGAAGCUGGGGAUCCAUGACCUCCCGAUGUCGGUGGCAUUUUUUGCGGCCGUCGAAGUUGACACGGUCCUCAGGAAGGAGGCGAGCAGCGACUGCAAGACUCCGUCGAAUCCUUAUGGGAUGGAAAGCAGAUACGGAAUUCCUGCGGGUGAAAGUCUUGAUGUCUGGAAGGCUGCUGAUAAAGCUGACGGGUCUCUCGGGCCUUGGCACUCGGCUUUGAAGAAAAGAAAACUUAAAAUUUCUAACUAGUGAUUGAUAAAUAAAAUUCAGUUAUUGUAAUUUAAUAUUUUGAGGAGAAUAAUAUUUGUUUGAUACUUCAAAUCCGUUUAAAUAUGUUAGAAUAAAUAUAAAUUUAAAGUAUAAUACUUUUGUAAAUUUAAUU